CUUUGUAUGCACAUCUAGGUCAGCCACACCUGAUUCUGGAGGAUCUGGCAGCUGGCAUGACUCUUCCGUGCAUCACAGACCUCAAAGUUGGCUAUACCAAUUACUACCCAAAUAAAGAGCAGAAAAAAAAGAAGACAGCCCCACCUGCAAGCCAGAAGGAUCUUGGUUUCUGCCUGACAGGGAUGAGAGUGUUCGACCCACAGACAGGCAAGCUUGUUGUUAAUUUACCGCCAGGAGAGAGUAAGCUUCUUACCACAGAGGAAGUUUUGGAAAAAUUGUCACUCUUCUGCCAACACAAGCACCAACAGAGCCAAGUCAUUUGCAGCAACAUCAUCUCCAACUUGAGAGAGAUCCACAACUGGUUCAGCAAGCAGCGCAGGUACAUUGUGCGCACAAGCUCCGUCCUCCUUGCCUACGAUGCAAGUCUGAUGACCACAACAUUGCAUUCAUCACCAGCUGCUGUGUCUGACUCCCAGGUAGCUUCUGAUUUGAAGAAAGACAAUAAUCUGGAAGACAAAAAUCCAACUUUAAAAGUGAAAGCAAAGAUGAUUGACUUUGCACAUGUUCUGAAUGCUUAUGGUGAAAAAGAUGACAAUUACUUGUCCAGUCUGGAGAGUUUGAUAAAUAUUUUCUCAAACAGGAUCAGUUAACGAAAGGUUGCUGCCGUAGCAACAGAUCAAAAAGGAAAACAUUUCAAUCAUACUUGUAUCAGUCUCUGAAUAUCUUCAUUGGGAGUAUUUAUGGGCAAGUUUGUCAUAUUUGAUAAUUAUUUUUUCCUAGGUGUUGUGUUUUAGGAGUUUACAUUGAAGGAGAUGCUACGUGAUAAACAGUUGUACCUCAGUAUAUAUGAAUCAGUCUUCAUUUGUGCAAUCACUGUGAAAGAAUAACCAGAUCUCAAUAACGGUGAAAUAUCUGACAUUCUUGUGUAUAUAUGUAUGUAUUUUUGAUAGUGUAGAAUGAAAGUGAAAGUCAUUUGAAAUUAUAAAUAAGAUCUAUAACUUCAUUUUAAAAAGAUGUCAGUAUUCUAUGUAAUUCUUGGAAUUGUAUGGUACAGUAGAAAGAAAAGUUAUGCUCUUUAAGACUCACUGACAAUUUUGUUUCCUUUCUUUUCUCCAGUUCUUUUAUUCCAUGGGUAUGAUAUGUAUUUAUUCUAUCUCACCCAAUAUUUUUGUUAAACUGAUAUAUUUUUUUGGUAAGUUAGAAAAUAUAUUUUGUAAAACAUACUUUUUUAUCCUAAAGGUGUAGCUCAGGUCAAUAAAAUCUUUUCAUUUCAGCUUCUGUUGAACAGUAGCCUGCUGCAAUGACAUACUGUUGUAUACAAACUAUACAUUCUAUAUAGUCUUCCCUAUCAUAAUUUUCCAUUUCAGAGAACAUGUAACUUACAUUGAGAGGCAAAAUUCAUUAUGUAUAUACAAUAUGUGUCUGCACUUUAUGCAGUACAUUAUCUGUUGCCUUGCUUUCAAAUGCUAAAUCUCAGGUUCCCAGUUUAUAAUGUUACAAUGUGUCUUGUGCAAUCAAUUUCAAUGUAAUCAGUGUUUGUUUAAUAUUCAUCAACUAUUGCAUAAGAUCUCAGAAGAAAAUUAGUUUGAACUUUUAUAGCUUGUAUACCAAGGAGUAAAGAAGCAGUAUUUAU